AUGUUUGUCUAUGGCCCAGCAAUUUCUUUCUUUUUGCUUUCUUUCUUUUUUUCUUCUUCUUCUUCUUCUUCUGCAUUUGCAUUUCAUUUCUGUCUUUCUUUCUUCCUUCUACUUUUCUUUCUUCCUUUUGUUUUCAUUCUUUCUUUUAUUGUUCUUUUCUUCCUUUCUUUCUUUUCUUUCGGAUUUCCUUUCUUCCAUUUCUUUCUCUCGCUUCCUUUCUUUCUUUUAUACUUCUUUCUUUCUUUCAUGCUUUAUUUCACUUUAAUUUUGUUCUUUUAUUCAUUUUUUUCUGUUUCUUUGUCUGAUGCGUUUUGUAUCUACUUAACUUUCUCCAUUUCUUUCCCUCAAAUUCUUUCUCUCCUUCUUUCUUUAAAAUUUUUAUUGCUUUUAUUCUUUUUUUUUUUAAUUCCAAUUUCAUUUUCUACUUCCCUCUUUCUUUCCACCUUUCUUUUCAAUUCUAAUUCACUCAUUCAUUCAUUCUUUCUUUCUUUCUUUCUUUCUUUCUUUCUUUCUUUCUUUCUUUCCAACUUUCUAAUUCUUUCUUUCUUUUCAAUUCUAUUUCUUUCUUUCUUUUCAUUAUUUCGACCGAUAAGCUGCCAAAAACAAAUCAAUCAAUCCUUUCUUUCUUUCUUUUUUAUUAUUUUCAUUCUCCCUUUCCUCCUUUUCUCUCUUUCUUUUCUAUCCUUUUUUAUUUCAGUUAUUUUUCUAUUUUUAUUCUGUUUUUAUUUAUUUAUUUAUUUGUUUCUAUCCUGUAUCGAUCCCCAUGUCCUCUUUCGUUCUUUCUUUCUCUCUUUCUUCUUUUUUAUUUUAUUUUUAUUCUUUUUUCUACCUUUGAUUUUUUUUUGUUAUUAUUUCCUCUUUUUUUCAUCUAAUUCUCCUCUUAUUUAUUUCUCUUUCUUUCAUUUUUCUUCUUUAGUUAUUUUUCCAUUGUUUCUUUUUUCCUUAAUCUGA